AUUAAAACUGUACUCUUGUCCUAUAUAGCGAAGAUGUCGAAAUUAUUUGAUAAAGAGCAGUUUGAUAAAGAUGGUUAUGCCAUUAUUCCUGAUUUUCUGACAGAAGAAGAAAUUCAGUCAUUAAGAUCAGAAUGUUGGGACAUUGUGGAAGAUAUGAAACCUGAUGAACAUUGUCCUUCUGUGUUUACAACUACUGAUCCAGACAAGCAUAUUAGUAAUGAUUAUUUUAUAAGCAGUGGGGAUAAAAUAAGAUUUUUUUUUGAAGAAGGAGCUAUAGAUGAAAAAGGAAAGUUAUUAGUUGAUAAACAGAAAUCAUUGAAUAAAAUAGGUCAUGCAUUACAUACUUUAAGUCCUCCAUUCAGAAAAGUUACUUUUAGUGAAAAAGUCAAGAACGUGGUACGUCAUCUAGAACUAGAAGAUCCAGUUGUCUGUCAGAGUAUGUACAUAUUUAAGCAACCAGGAAUUGGUGGUGAGGUAAGUCCACACCAAGACUCUACCUUCCUUAAAACUGAUCCUAUGAAAUUAUACGGUUUAUGGAUAGCUUUAGAAGAUGCUACAUUAGAAAAUGGUUGCCUGUGGUUCAUUCCUGGUUCUCAUAAAAAUGGCUUAUAUGGUGAAAGAAGAAUGAUAAGAAAUGCAGAUGCAGGUCCUGGUAAACCACAUACAAUAUUUACUGGUAAAAAUACAUCUUACAAUGAAGAUGAUUUUAUUCCUGGACAGGUUAAAAAAGGUACCUGUGUAAUAAUUCAUGGUGAAGUUGUACAUAAAAGUAAUAAUAAUAAAUCUGAUAAGUCACGCCAUAUUUAUACGUUCCAUGUUUAUGAUAGUAAAGAUACUGUAUAUAGCAAGGACAACUGGUUACAGCCAACAGAAGCUUUACCUUUCCCUCACUUAUAUACUUAUCAGUAAAAUGAAAAUAAACUAGCAGUAGAAAUGAACGCUCAAUUAUGAUAAACUUGAGUGACCUAUUUGAUCAGAAGAAAGAAUGAUAUCUGCUCUAUUCUAAUAUUUGUUUUAUGAUGUUCAUCCAUAUACGCCCAAAUCAUUAAAAGUCUAUUGAUUUUGUAUUCAUGAACUAAUCUAUAUUUCAUACAACUGUUCUUAUAAAUAUCACUUCAUUCCUAUUUGUUUACUAUAUAUUUCAAAUAGAAUAUUAUUCAGUUAUUUACGUCUCCAACUGUCCUAUACCUACUAAAUGUGAUAACAUAUUGAAUGUAGGCAAAACAUUGAAUAAAAUAAUCAUUUAAUAUGUUAAUAUAUGUAAAUGAUGUCAUGAUUUUUAUCUGAUGUUUUAAAUAAUGCAUUUAUAAUGAACCGUG